UCCGCCACCAGUAGCACUACUGGGACAACCACCACCAGAACAACUACUGGCUCCACCACCAGUAGCACUUCCGGCGCCGCCUCGAGAACCAGCACUGAAUCCACCACCACCAAUAGCACUACUGGAACCACCACCUCCAGAACCAGUACUGGAUCCACCACCAGUAGCACUACUGGAACCACCGCCACCAGAACAACUACUGGAUCCACCACCAGUAGCACUGCUGGAACCACCACCAUCACCAGAACAACUACUGGAUCCACCACCAGUAGCACUGCUGGAACCACCACCACCACCAGAACAACUACUGGAUCCACCACCAGAAGCACUGCUGGAACCACCACCACCACCAGAACAACUACUGGAUCCACCACCAGUAGCACUACUGGAACCACCACCACCAGAAAAACUACUGGAUCCACCACCAGUAGCACUUAUGGAACCACCGCCACCAGAACAACUACUAGAUCCACCACCAGUAGCACUACUGGAACCACCACCUUCAGAACCAGUACUGGAUCCACCACCAGUAGCACUACUGGAACCACCGCCACCAGAACAACUACUGAAUCCACCACCAGUAGCACUGCUGGAACCACCACCAGAACAACUACUGGAUCCACCACCAUAGCACUGCUGGAACCACCACCAGAACAACUACUGGAUCCACCACCAGUAGCACUACUGGAACCACCACCACCAGAACAACUACAGAAUCCACCACCAGUAGCACUGCUGGAACCACCACCACAACCACCAGAACAACUACUGGCUCCACCACCAGUAGCACUUCCGGCGCCGCCUCUAGAACCAGCACUGGAUCCACCACCAGUAGCACUACUGGAACCGCCACCUCCAGAACCAGUACUGGAUCCACCACCAGUAGCACUACUGGAACCACCGCCACCAGAACAACUACUGGAUCCACCACCAGUAACACUGCUGGAACCACCACCACCACCAGAACAACUACUGGAUCCACCACCAGUAGCACUACUGGAACCGCCACCUCCAGAACCAGUACUGGAUCCACCACCAGUAGCACUACUGGAACCACCGCCACCAGAACCAGUACUGGAUCCACCACCAGUAGCACUGCUGGAACCACCACCACCACCAGAACAACUACUGGAUCCACCACCAGUAGCACUUCAGGCGCCGCCUCUAGAACCAGCACUGGAUCCACCACCAGUAUCACCACCGAGGCCACCACCAGAUCCACUACCGGAUCCAAAACCAAAAGCCCUACCGGUGCCACAACCAAAACAACUACAGGCACCACAACUAGUAGUCCUACCAGCGUCAUCAUCGGAACCUCUUCUAGUGCAACAACAAUCAGUACUAUCAGCACCACUUGCUGCACCACCACCACAACCACCACAACCUCUGCUACCAUUACUGCUACCGAUGGUGGAUAUUCCAUGGGACGAUCGCAAUCCUUUGAAGAUAUGGGUCGAAAGAGCUCAAGAUCUCUUAGAUAAGUCCAAGCCUAUCCCAUUCCCUCCACCAAUCGCGUCCCCCAGUCUUCCCAUCGAGAUGGAGUCGGUCACACCAGGGUUAUCGGCGCAGCAGAGACCAACUCAUCAUAAACAAGAAAAUGAAGUUGGCUACUACAUUUGUAUUGAUUAG